CGUCUUUGGUAGCUGGAAAAGCGCCUGGCCAUAAUACCUGCAAACACCGAGCAAGAAUGGCAACAAUGCAUCCACUCCUCAAGCGCGUUUUGCACGAUUUCAUCGCACCAAACAUUCUCCAGCCCCACUCCACCCCGAGCCUGGAAGACUUUGUGGUCACAAUAUGGAUAGCCAUCGCAAUCCUUAUCGUGCGCAUUAUCUUCGAGCGGGCUGUCAUCCCUGGAUUCCGGGCGUACCUCGAGCGCAUCAAGGGCCCCGGCCAGGGAAAAGCGGCGUUCGCUAUCCUGGAUAACAUGUGGAUUGCGGCCUUCGCGGGCGGGCUCACCGGGUUUGCAUGGUGGGUGACGGUGUUCCAGAACGGCGGCUGCACCCCGUGGAGCACGUGGGACUGCUUCGGCCACUGGCCCAACCACCCGGUCAUGCUCAGCCAGCGCUGGUACAUGGUCCUGUCCUUUGCCUACUACCUGUACGAGCUGGCAGGCACCGUGCUGGGCUGCGGCACCAAGCUGAAGCUGGACAUGGUCGCACACCACCUGGCCACCAUGACCCUUACCAUCCUGGCGUACACCACCAACCUGAAGCGCAUGUCGGUCAUGUGGCAGGCGCUGUUCGACAUCUCCAACCCCAUCCUGCACACCGCCAAGGCGCUGCACGCCAGCGGCGUCAAGGCGCUGGAGCCAGUCAAGUGGGCCAUGUUCAACCUGUUCGCGCUCAGCUUCCUUGUGUGCCGCGUGCUGGCUGGGCCCUACUCCAUCCUUUGGCCCAGCUUCACCGUGGCGCCGCAGUGGCUGACUCCCGCCAUCUGCUACCCCUGCUGGGCGCUCAUGGUCUUCGUGUACGUCCUGCAGCUGAUAUGGUUCUACAAGAUUGUGGAGAUUGCGCGGAAGGGCGACAAGGCCGCAGAGAAGGAGGACUGAGGACUCCCUGUUGGUCGCGCGAGGCAGAAUGUACCGCGCCCUGCUGCUUUGGGUAGCGUGAUGACGAAGAAGGGCGGAUGCUGGCCGGCAUUUAGUGUAUAAUGGCAGGCUAGGACAUUCAAUUAUGACCGGACGUGCUUGCGUGGCCCUGUCGCGCAUUGAGCGUCAUGCCUUAUGACAAUUGCUGAUCGUUAAAUACACUGACAGAGAUGGCCUUCUUUUGUCACGAGGGCAACCGUUGCGACCGUUGUACCACAAGCCGAGCCAGCUGCAACUUACAUGCUUCUUCUUCAGAAGUGAAAGCUAAUCUACCUGAAGUUCGCGAAGGUUAAGGCAACCUCAGAAGCCUUGGUGCCGAGGUGCGAGCACCAGCAGAGGGAAACUCGCGCAGGGGUGCUGUUUGCAUCUACAUUUAACAAUGUAAUUUAAGACAUUC